AUCAAUUCAGUGCACGUGUUCCACUCCAAACCCCAUUUUGUACGCUGUAUGCUGGAAUAGAAAAGGACCUUCCCCAAACUGUUGCCACAAAGUUGGAAGUGUAGCAUUGUCCAAAAUGUCCUGGUAGCCAGAAGCCGCAUAAAGAGCUUGUCUACCUGUUGGACUGAAAGGCCUUCAUCAUGUCGAAAGGUACAGUGGUUCUGGCCUACAGUGGAGGACUGGACACAUCCUGCAUUCUGGUUUGGCUGAAGGAACAGGGCUACGAUGUAAUUGCGUUCUUGGCCAAUAUUGGGCAAGAUGAAGAUUUUAAAGCUGCCAGGGAAAAGGCAGAGCGCCUUGGUGCAAAGAAGGUUUUCAUUGAAGACCUGCGUGCAGAGUUUGUGGAGGACUUCAUCUGGCCUGCAGUUCAAGCCAAUGCCAUCUACGAGGACCGAUACCUGAUGGGUACUGCUGUAGCACGGCCCUGCAUCGCCCGCCGGCAGGUCGAGAUUGCACGCAAGGAGGGAGCCCAUUUUGUCUCCCAUGGGGCCACAGGAAAGGGCAAUGACCAGAUUCGUUUUGAGCUCACGUGCUACGCCCUGUACCCUGCCGUUAAGAUCAUCGCACCGUGGAGGAUCCCCGAGUUCUACAACCGCUUCCGGGGGAGAACAGACCUGAUGGAAUAUGCUCAGAAGCAUGGCAUCCCUGUCCCAGUCACCCCUCGGGCACCCUGGAGCAUGGAUGCCAACCUCAUGCAUAUUAGCUAUGAGUCUGGCGUCCUGGAGAAUCCUAAGAGCCAUGCCCCAGCUGACCUGUACCUGAUGACCAAGAACCCAGAAGAUUCUCCCAAUGUCCCUGAUGUACUGGAGAUUGAGUUCAGAAAUGGGGUGCCUGUCAGGGUGACCAAUGUGAAGGAAGGCGUAUCAAAGGACUCGCCACUGGAUAUCUUCUCAUACCUCAAUGAUGUUGGUGGAAAACACGGCGUCGGUCGGAUUGACAUUGUAGAGAACCGUUUCAUUGGCAUGAAGUCCCGAGGCAUAUAUGAAACCCCAGGAGGCACAAUUCUUUUGAAGGCCCACUUAGACAUUGAAACAUUUACCAUGGACAAAGAAGUGCGUCGGAUCAAACAGGGCCUGGGUAUCAGGUUCUCCGAACUCGUCUACAAUGGUUUCUGGUACAGCCCGGAGUGUGAUUUUGUGCGACACUGCAUCACUAAAUCCCAGGAGAAUGUGGAGGGCAAAGUACAGCUCUCUGUCUUCAAGGGUCAGGUCUACAUCCUGGGACGAGAGUCGGGCAAGUCCCUUUACAAUGAGGAGUUGGUCAGCAUGGAUGUGCAGGGAGACUAUGACCCAUGUGACGCCUCUGGAUUCAUCAGGAUUAAUGCCGUCAGGUUAAGGGAACACCACCGUCUGCAGGGUUUCUCCACCACAAAGCAGUAACUGCUGCAGUCUGUGAACAGUCUUUCUUCUCACCACCGUGUCUUCAGCUGCAAUGUGUUUAGACUUGGUGCUUCCAUUGUCCACUUUCUGCCUUAUUGUCUACUUGUAGUUAUUUUAGCAUCAGGGUGUCUAACACACCUGAGACACACCAGACUCUUGCUGUAAAAUUGUGUUUUUAAGGUGGUGAAGAGUGAAGGAGGAAAAAUAAAUGAAAUGUAACAUCAUGACCAAGAAAUUGUGGUACAAAAAUGUUCCUCAAUUAUAAUGUGAAUGACAUUUAGUAAUAUGUGUUUCUUAACUUUUGCUUUCCUGAAUUUGUCUCAUUCUUUGCAUCAGUAGGUCUGUACUUAAACACAAAUUCCUUGUUUCAGAAAUAAAAUCAAAUGAGUUGUGUUUUCUCUU